CGCGUCGAUCAGAAAUGCAACCAGAUGCAACAUGUCGCGCCUCGCUCGACUGGGAUAGAUAGACAGGCUGUUCGCGUGCCCCGUCGAUCUCUCGCCGUUCUCCGCGCGCUUCGUAGCCCCUCAGUCGUUAUCGCGAUCGCCGACGUCCCGCGUUCGCGUAUCUUCGACGUCCCGCCCGCGAUUACGAUGUCGAUCCGCGAGCCGACGUCACGCGUGAACGACGUCCCAUCGCGGAAGCGAACGUAACCUCCCCGACAGACAAUGAACCGCCCUGUUCCCGAGGCAUUCUAAUCCCGAGGGAGACGGCGAGCUCGUGGCGUCGAACGGACGUAUUCGACUGGUUCCCGAGCUGAUCGGUCAACAUGGGUCUGCUGUUCGCGAAGCUGUGGAGCUUCUUCGGCAACGAAGAGCAUAAAAUAGUCAUGGUCGGUUUGGACAACGCCGGGAAGACAACGAUAUUGUAUCAGUUCCUGAUGAACGAGGUUGUCCACACGUCUCCGACCAUCGGGUCCAACGUCGAGGAGGUCGUGUGGAAGAAUAUUCAUUUUAUCAUGUGGGACCUGGGCGGCCAGCAGAGUCUGCGGGCCGCGUGGUCCACUUACUACACGAACACAGAGUUCAUCAUCAUGGUCAUAGACAGCACUGACCGAGAGAGGCUCGGUGUGAUUAGGGAGGAGCUGUACUCGAUGCUGAACCACGAGGAAUUGAGCAAGGCCAACGUUCUGGUCUACGCCAACAAGCAAGACUUGAAGGGCAGCAUGACCGCCGCCGAGAUUUCGAGGCAGUUGGAUCUGACGUCCAUCAAGAAGCACCAGUGGCAUAUACAGAGCUGUUGCGCCCUCACGGGAGAGGGGCUGUACCAGGGGCUGGAGUGGAUCGUCGGACGUUUAAAAAAGACAUGACGUACAUUAUGAGAGUCGUUUAUGAGUUUAACAAAAUAUCCAAAAUGUAAAAUAUGUUAUCGAGAUAAGUUAACUAUGGUAACACACUUUGACGGUUAUACGAAAGAGGGGAGCAGCGCGGACGGUCACAUUUCGUUAGUCAUUAUUUAAAGUCUCCUGGUAUGACCCUCAAAGUGCAUCCGGUCACCUUAUUGCCGCAGCAAAUGCUUGAGGAACGGGUGGACGGGUAAAUUUAGCUAUUUAAUUGGCUGCUCACGCGAUAAGAAGGAAGUUUGGUAUUGCUGUACGUGACACAACAAACUUCAGCUCGUUUACAAUGAUCAGUAACAGCGAUAAGGGAAAACGAUGAUUAGUGGAAAUGUACAAAGCGAAAUAUUAAGCGUAUACUGAAAGGGAAGAUAAUCAUGUUUUGCGUCCAUAUAUACAAAAUGUACACUUGGUUAAAUAUCAUAGUUAAAUGGCCAUUAAACAUAGUGACAAAUAUCUAAUUUAAGCCAUUAAAAAGAAGAGGAUAUCGAUUGCUUACGCGAAUUAUGUUGUCAUUUGCGUGACAAGAGUGCGAGACUUCUCAUCCCGUCCACCUACAGUAAAAUUCUGCAGUAAAACAGGCAGGGAAAAUAGAUGAGGGUGGCAACUAUUUGUACUCGGUUGACAUACAAGAGCGCAACGGAAGUGCACCUGUGUAUAUAGUUUUUUAUACUUCUCGUUAAGAAGGCGAGCUCUGUAAAAAAAAAAA